AUGAGAUUAACAAGACAUUUCUACUGUCUUUUUGUGAUCCUCAAUGCGAUUCACAUCAGUUCUUGUGCACGUCCAACUUUCAAUACACUAUUUCAAGCAUCCGAUGGUGUAAGCACGGACUCGCGCACUGGUUUACCAUUGCACACUGAUGUGGUAGAACAGAAAUUAACAGUUACGAAACAAGAUCUUCAAACGAAAUCGAGAAGUACAGCGAGCUCAUCGUCUCAUAUGGUCAUUGAUCAAUUGAAAUCUCUUGAACUGAAUGCGACAACAAAAUUAAAUCAAACUGCAUGCAUUGCACUCAAUCUCAUCGAAUCACUACAAUCUGUUAUAUGUCUUCAGUCUACAAUAAAGAUGAUUUUCGAUACGGCAGUCAACAGCGCUUAUACAUACAACCAAUGGCUUGACACGAAUGUUCAGUAUGUUAAUGGAGGAAAAGAAUGGAAUUGCACGAACUCAACAACAGGGAAACUUAUUCUAAUUAUGAAGAAAUUGAUACCAAAUACUUUCAUAUUAGCUGACAAUGAAAUAACUGUCGGCGUCACCAAUGACACAGGCAUCACACCAGUUGUUUGUUUCGAAAAACUGUCCCUUCAAAUGAUAGCUGUACAAGAAGCACCAUCAGGAAACAAACCAGCUUCGAGCACUACAACUUUUACUAGUACAAACACGGNGAACUCAACAACAGGGAAACUUAUUCUAAUUAUGAAGAAAUUGAUACCAAAUACUUUCAUAUUAGCUGACAAUGAAAUAACUGUCGGCGUCACCAAUGACACAGGCAUCACACCAGUUGUUUGUUUCGAAAAACUGUCCCUUCAAAUGAUAGCUGUACAAGAAGCACCAUCAGGAAACAAACCAGCUUCGAGCACUACAACUUUUACUAGUACAAACACGGUACAAGAAACAACCACGACGACGACUGUACCAUUGGCACAAAACUUAACAACAACAGAAAACUCGACGUCGAACGGAAGGUGGUGGUCAAUCUGUGAUUCCGAUUCGGUAUACAUCACUAGACAACCCUAUACUGAUCAGAUCUUCUAUCCAGGCCAACAAAUAGACCUGGCCUGGUCGUUAAACAGCGAUUUCGAUAAAUCUAAAGUGUUUGAAGUAAUACUGAAACGUACACGUAUAAUUGGUCUAGCUGCAGAUAUCGUGACAUGGAACAUUCCUGUUACACGAUACUCUGCACAUCUGAUUAUACCGUCAGUGCUAGAAAUAUCUACACGUGAGACUUAUUUCGUUGACUUUUUCUGGUGGAACUGUGGCAUUCCUUAUUUGCAUUCGACAAAUCACUUUCGAAUACCUACUGCACCUGUCAUUUCGAUUACUCAAGGUAAUCCAGUAUAUCAUUCGAUACACUUUCCGGGUGAUACUGUUCUCAUUCAAUGGGCAGUACAAAGAGCAAGUUUUCCAUCAGGUAUCACAGUUAAAUUGCUAUUGAAUCGCGAAAGAUUGGGACCCGAUUCAACAGUUGCAUAUGCGUGGGUAUCGCCAUCAAAAGGUUUCUACCAAUUUACUAUACCAACAAAUAUCGACGUAGCAGAUAACAAUGAUCAAUAUUAUUUCAGUCUUGAUUGGUCUCAUUGCUCAUGGAUUAAUACUUUGGUCGAUACUUAUUCAAGUGAAUCGACUCGUUUUUACGUACCUACCAGUCCAUAUUUAGUUCCUCUUUUACCAACUACAGACGAUCAGUUCUCUCCAGGUGACACCGUUAGCAUAAAAUGGAUAGCGAAAAAUUUCGACUCCAAAUCUGCUAGUAACUUUUGCAUUAAGUUAAGACAAAGUCUACCAUUAGCAAAAGAUCCGGAAUCGGUUCUAUCACAUUGUCAAAGUGUAUCGACAGGCGUAUGCAAUCAUGUCAUAACAGUUGAAACAUCCGUAUUCGGUUAUUACUAUGAAUUUGAUUGGUGCAGUUGGUAUGAUAUUUUGUCAACUUGCUCUGUUGAAGGAUCACAUUUUCAACUUCCAGUUCACAGAACUGGAGGAUGGAAUUACAAUGCACAGCAAGAUCGUGCAACUAGUCAAAUUUCCUUACUUCACGCUGGCUGUGACACAAAUAAUAACCCAACCGUUGCACGAUUGUGUAAUGAUGGUCAAGCCAUGUCUAUUGAUUUAACAUGUACUAAUUGUUAUAUGGUGUAUGAUUACAGUAUUGUACAUUUAGAUCUCAGCGCUAAUCUCGGUUCUCUCACUGAUAUGAAUAUCAAAUUUCAAUCGACUGCAACUGUUAAUCUCGAACUGCUGUUAUCAGCGAAUUAUAUUUAUCAAACUUCUGGUAACAAAUAUCUGAAUACUUUUACUUUGCUGGGAUUCACUUUCUCACUCGCUGGUAUAUCAUUCGAUUAUGGUUGUUUUCUUGACUUGGAAUUACCAUACUCGAUUGAACUAAACUCAUUAGGACGUUUAUCUACUGGUGUUAGAUAUCAAUUGAACACAGUUUUACAGUUAUAUAUUGUUGGUACAAAGAUCACACCUGUACAAUCAAUAACAUUAUCACAAUCGUAUUAUCCAGUGAAAGGCGACUUUAAAGCACGAGUUGUAGUUGAUGUCGCUCUUCAGCCACGCUUGAGAAUGUCAGCGGUGGUAUUUGAUGUGGCUAUUAGAACCGAAGGUUUUCUCCGAUUAGAAACUCUAUUUCAAUACCCACCAUUUGCUGCACUUUAUUCAAAUACGUACGAUUAUAAUAGUAACAAACCUUCGUUAUAUCAUUGGUCUUACCCGUCGGAUGCAUGCAGUACUGAGCAUCUAUCACAAUAUCAUGUUCAAUUUGGUAUACGCAAAACGUUGGUGACUUUUGAUAUCACUUUCGGCGAUAGUAUCAACUCAUUUAUUUCACAUUAUAUACCAGUACAUUACGAAACACCGUCAUUAUUUGAUACACAGGUUACAGAAUUAGUCUCAGGAUGUUUGUUUAAAACACCUNUAUAUCAUUGGUCUUACCCGUCGGAUGCAUGCAGUACUGAGCAUCUAUCACAAUAUCAUGUUCAAUUUGGUAUACGCAAAACGUUGGUGACUUUUGAUAUCACUUUCGGCGAUAGUAUCAACUCAUUUAUUUCACAUUAUAUACCAGUACAUUACGAAACACCGUCAUUAUUUGAUACACAGGUUACAGAAUUAGUCUCAGGAUGUUUGUUUAAAACACCUCAUAAUGAUUAUAUUCAACCCGCAGAGCUCUAUUUGGACAUCCCAUAUGAUUCGUCCUCUUCUCUCGGUGACUAUUUCAAAACAACAAUCAUAUUUGAUGUAGCUAAAGCUGCUCAAGUUGAUCCAACAAGAAUUAUGUACCUUUUCCUCCAAGCCUACUAUGAUGUAAUACAACAAAAGACGAUAACAUUAGUUAAAGUUUCGUUACUACCAUCAGCGACAGCAGAAGUUUCGGAUGCGACCGUAAGAAUGAUGGUAGACACUUUAGUAAACAAUCAGUUGGAUACAUCCUCGGUCUUGUACACGAGUACAAAGUUUCUAAAGUAUUUACGAAAUAAUUUGACUCAGAAGUCAAAUGUUGAACUUGGUUUGCUUACGUCAACAUCAAUAACGACGACAACAACAACAACAACAGCAUCAGAUCCAAUCGAUUUGGUCUUUUCAUCAACGACAAGUCCAGAACCAGCAAGUAAUGAAACAGCAUCGAUCCCAUCAAGCAAAUGCUCAGUACUAUCGACGAAUUCGAAAUCAUCAACACUGAACUUGUUCGCGUUUUCUAUUUUCAUUACCUUUAUAUACUAA